AUGAAAUACUUAAUUGCGAUCAAUGUGAAGAUAUUUUUAAUUGCUCCCUCUGUAGUGAGGGAUUUUAAUGGGGCAUUAAAGACAAAGCAUGUAUACCUAGAUGUGAUUAAAAUUAGAUUUAGAAUGAUAACCCAAAAUAAUGUUUGGAUUAAUGUUAUAUUUUAUCAAAAUAAAACUAUUAAGGCUCUGAAAAUUUCUCUUGCUAGUAAAGUCUACAGUGCCCUUUAAUGUAUUAAUUUGGUGAUGUAUUUUCUAACCAGGAAACAUCUUCGCACUUUAUUUUAUUAGAAAAAUAAAAAUAGCUAAUCGUGA